AUGGCCUACGCAGAACACAUAGCCGACCGCAUACGCGAAGCAUUGAUGGAUCUUCCCGACGUGGAAGAGAAAAAAAUGUUUGGCGGCGUAUGUUUUAUGGUGGAUGGAAAAAUGAGUAUUGGUGUGAUUAAAGAUGAAAUGAUGUGUCGCAUUAACCCUGAGCUGGAAGAAAUGGCUUUGGAAAAAAAGGGAUGCAGACAAAUGGAUUUUCAAAAAACGAGACACAUGGCAGGGUACGUAUACAUAAGCGAAGAAGGCAUGCGUUCUAAAAAGGAUUUCGAUUAUUGGGUUCCGUUAGGAAACAAAGUAGGCGUUACCAAAGGCACAACCAUAACCGUUGCGCUUCGGGCUACUGUCGUACAGUUGUUACUUCCUGUAACUGUAUAA